AUGGCGUCGGGCUCAGCUCCUAGUACUUCGACGAACAACAAUCCAGCCUCUGUCCAUGACUCUACUACCGUCAACACGGAUCCUGUUGAGGUUGGACUAUCUCACCCCAUUCUGAAACAUUUCCUCAUUCCGUUUCACACCAAAGGCAACCCCAAGCUGUGCAAGUUCUGUGGCAAGAAGUUCGAGGGCGGAACAAACCGCUGUGCAAUCCAUCUCGCGACAUGGAAAGGGCAGGAGAAGCACGCUGUGGCGUUAUGCAAGGACGCGCCCACGGCAGUCCGCGAUGAAGUCCGUGGCAUGUACGAGACCAAGGCGGAACAGCAGGACUUGAAGCGAGAGGCGGCCGCUGCUGCAAUUCACUCCGCGCUUGACGCUGUCAGUGGAAACCCGGAGAAAAAGAGCAAAAUUACGGAUUUCUUUGGCAAUGAGGCGACGUGCGCCAAGGAGGACGCGGAUAACGCGCUUUGCCUUCUGUUCGCGGCGGUGAAACUUCCGGAGCGCAUUGCGAACGAUCCGGUCUUCCGCUACGCGGUCCAGUGCAUUGCGCGCGCUGGACCUGGGUACGUCCCUCCUAAGAGGCGCUACAUUGGAGGGGCAGGCUUGAAGAAGGUGCGGCAGAAAAUAGAAGUCGCGUUCGCCCCCGUUGCCGCGAGCUGGAAGCGGGACGGGGUAACGGUGUCGUCGGACAUGAUGACCGACCGUUGUGGCCGCCCACAGGCCAACGUGCUCCUUGUCAACGACUCCGGCGCAGUUUUCGAGCAGGCGGUGGACUGCAACAUGGAGUCGAAGACCGGGGGGUACAUCGCCAGCCUUCUCCGCCCCGUCAUUGAUAAGGUGGGGCCGGAGAAUGUGGUGGCGGUCUGCACCGAUGGCGGCAGCAACUAUGCAUCGGCCGCCAAGAAGAUUGCGAGCACAUGGCCGCACAUUGAGCAUGUGCCAUGUGCCACGCAUGUCCUGGACCUGAUGAUGGAAGAUAUGGGCAAAAUGGGAUGGGCGAAGGGGCUUGUGGAGAAAGGAGGGGAGAUGAUUACCUUCGUGCGCAACCACCACUUUACCCGUGCCUAUAUGAAGAAAGUGGGGGGGAAGCAGGUGCUCAAGCCUGCGGGAACCAGGUUCGGGACACAAUACAUAGCCAUGGCCCGGCUAUGUGAGGUGAGGAGUGGGCUGGCGGCGAUGGUGCUCAGCGACGAGUGGAAGGUGUGGGCAGCGGCGGACAAGGAUAGGAAAACAGCAGCUGAGAAAUUCAAGGCUGCUGUGAUGGAUGAGGAGUGGUGGGGGGUGGCGGAGUUCUUUACCUCUCUCAUGGCGGUGCCAUUCAAGGCCAUGCGGGCCACGGACUCUUCCGCGAAAGGCAUGAUGGGUAAGCUGUAUGACAUCAUGCUACAGCUUACCGAGGACAUCAAUGACAAGCUCGACGCUUCAAGUGACUUCUUGACUCGGACAGAGAGGGCAGACAUCACCAAGAUUGUGAAGGACAGGUGGGACAACUCCCUUGCCUGCCCCAUGCAUGUGGUUGGCCGGAUCCUGAAUCCGGCCAACCAGGAGGAGGGAAUUUUCAGGAACGAGGAUCCGGCCAACCAGGAGGAGGGAAUUUUCAGGAACGAUGUGGAGUGCACGCGGGUGUUCAAGGACUACAUCGAGCGCCACUAUGACAACAAGACCUUCAAGCGUGGCAAGGAUGGCGCCCCUCGCCGCGCCUCCCUUGUGCUGCAGGAGGCAUUGCUGGCCUACAUCAACAUGGAGGGCAGCUUUGGCAAGCCGGGCGCCAUUUCUGCAAGGGAGGCAGUGAAGAAGGGGGAGAUGAGCAUGGUGCAGUGGUGGUCGUGGCACAGCACCGAGUAUCCUGAGCUUGCCGCCCUCGCAUGCCGGGUGCUCACUCAGCCCGUCUCGGCUUCCCCAUGCGAGCGUGGCUGGGCGCAGUGGGAAGGCGUCCACACCGCCCGCCGCAACCGGCUCGGGUCCGCCAAGUGUGCGGACCUCGUCUACAUUGCGCACAACUGGAACGUUGUGCGCAAUUGGUACAAGAAGGAUGGGGGCAGCACGGUUGUGCCCGGUAACAUCCCGGAUGCCCCUAUCCCCCCCGGCUAUAACAUGGAUGAGGAGGAGGAUGACAUGCUGGGGGAGGAAGGAGAGGAUGCACCUGCUUCCCCCCAUCCCCUUCCCUGCUUCUCCCCAUCCCCUUCCCUGCUUCCCCCCAUCCCCUUCCCUGCUUCCCCCCAUCCCGUUCCCUGCUUCCCCCCAUCCCCUUCCCUGUCUCCGUGUUACCCGUUUCCUUGUUCCUUUUCCCUGUGUCUCCCCACCCUCUGUUCUUAUUCCUUCACCCUCGCACACCUUACCGCCUGCCGACCUUACCGCCUGCCCACCUUACCACCUUCCCUUCUCAUCCGCGCGCAGGUGUGGCGGAAGGCGCAUUCCCUUGUGCCUGCCGCUUGCUGUCCACGCCUUCCAUCCCACCUCUCCCAAACCACGUCUUUUUCUAUAUGUGCCUCCCCUGCUGGCCCAUACCCUCUGCUGAUCUGCGCCCUAUGA